CAUAGCAAAACUUAAGUUGGGAUUUGUCGUGCUUGUUCAUCUCUCCUUACUGUAGCACGAUUCAGAUCCGCUACUAUUGCAACAAUGCUGUCAUCUACCCUCCGAUCUCUCUGCUAUAAGGGGCCCUCAAUUGCCUCGCGCGCAUUCACCACUUCCUCCGCAACCUAUGCUGCCGAGGUUAAAUCAUUAGGAGUGAUCGGAGCAGGUCAAAUGGGCCUAGGUAUUGCGCUUGUUGCUGCGCAGAAAGCUCAAGUUCCUGUUACCUUGGUUGAUAGCUCUCAAGCAUCUCUUGAUAAGAGCCUCAAGUUUGCCGAUAAACUUCUUGAUAAGGAUGUCGCCAAAGAACGUCUCACCCGGGAGGCGGCCGACACCGUCCGCUCUCGCAUCACGCCGAGUUUGAAGAUGGACGACCUGUCAUCUGUGGACUUCAUCAUUGAAGCUGUCCCCGAGAUUCCUGACCUCAAGACCUCCAUCUUUACGAAGCUUGCCCAAAUUGCACCCAAGCAUGCCAUUCUCGCUACGAACACCUCAUCAAUCUCGAUCACCAAGAUCGCCGCCGCCACCACGACCAGCCCAACCGAUCUCCAGGCUCCUUCUCGAGUCAUCUCAACGCAUUUCAUGAACCCUGUCCCUGUUCAAAAGGGCGUUGAGAUUAUCGCUGGUCUGCAGACCUCUCAAGAGACAACCGAGACCGCUAUCGCGUUUGUACAGCGCAUGGGCAAGGUUGCUUCGGUCUCUGCCGACUCGCCCGGUUUUCUUGCAAACCGUAUUCUGAUGCCUUACAUUAAUGAGGCAAUUAUCUGUCUUGAGACUGGGGUCGGCGCCCGCGAAGAUAUUGACAAUAUCAUGAAGAACGGAACCAACGUUCCCAUGGGGCCUUUGACUUUGGCUGAUUUCAUUGGGCUGGACACCUGCUUGGCUAUAAUGAACGUUUUGCACCAGGAGACUGGAGACAGCAAAUAUCGCCCAUCGGGUCUUCUGAAGAGAAUGGUCGAUGCCGGUUGGAUGGGCAAGAAAACCGGAAAGGGCUUCUACGAUUACUGAUUUGAAUUUUUGAUCAUUAUUUCCCAACUACUCCCCCAAUAACCCUGUUGUACUGCUACGGCGUUAGAUCACCCACUUAAAAAAAUGUAUGUAUCAACCACUGUGGGUUUACAAUUU